GACUGUCAUCAUCGUCAGACUCAGCCAGCCCGCAGCGCAGAGGCCACAGAAGAGUAGAAAUUUUGCAGUCGUCGUCGCGUUGUUCGUUGUCCGUGCGUGUGUCGUGCGAAAAUUGAAGACGAAAAGCUUUUGGGGCGUUUUGUAGUGGCUUGGAAAAGGAAUUUAUCCACGGUGGUCUGGCCGGACGCGAGCUGGAGUUCAAUUUCCGCCGGUAGUAACCGCGAUUGGUGCGUUCGGAACUCGAGAGGGCGAGGACGAAAAAUCGAACAACGACCGAAGACAGGAAAGAAAAAUGUCUGGCGAUUGAUUCACGCUCGGCUCAGCCCUCCGCGGUCAGUUCAGUCAGUCAGUGCUGCUGUGCUGCUAUCAUCGUCGCGAGCAUCGAAGGCAAUGGUUUUUUGAAGUAUAAAAUUUUCGCUCUCGGUGUGAGUGUGUAUAAAAUGCAAAAAUUCAAGAAUAUGUAGUGAUUUUUAUUUUCACUUUAUACCUCUAGUGAUUUAAUUCGUUCAUCCUGGUGGUGUUGGGGAUUGUGUGUUGUAAUCUGCUGUUUUGGCGAAGGGAAAUGAAAAGAAGGAAAAUCCCGUAGGCAGAGUUCCGCCAGGGAAGAAAAAGGAUUUCCACACGGGCCACAUCAGGGGAAAAGAACCAAUCCUUCGGGGGUACCGCAAUCACGUCCGUCGUGAGCUGCCUUCAGUAGUUCACUCCUUUGGCUGCCUUGUGAACACACAACACACUGCAGUGUGAAGUGGUGUGUAUUUGGUAUAUAUUUUUUGUGUGCAAUCGCCAUUUUGUGCUCCGACGACGACGGAACGAAGUGAACCAAUCAAAACGAAAGGGAAGAAAGUCUAGUGCGGCCCCGUGGCCAGAACUGCCCUCCAGCAGCAGACUGCUGCUAGUGUCCUGCUUCCGGGGAUAACAGUGAUUCCGCAUUGAGGCACCACCCCAUCUGUGAUUAGUGGCCGUCUCGGAAUAUUGUCUGGCGUGUGAAACGGAUCGUGUGUGUAGUGUCAAGAAGAAACGUCAUCCAGUGUAGUCGAGGAGGCGCUCCCCAAAAUAUGCUGUGGAGCUCUCGGAAAAUUUCCUUAUCGGAUAACACCACACAACGACAGUUAUUGUUCAUCGAGGUUGCGCCAGAAUUACCGCAUUAGGUGACGAUGGGAUUUUUCUUGGAUCGGCUGGCAGGUUGCUAAAAAAACCCGCACACUAAUCAAACCGAUCCGGAUUCGCAGUUUGACACAGAAGCUGUACCACUCAUCCCCACCCGUGAAAAUGUACAGACGAAGGUGGCCAGGAUCCGAUCAAGUUAGUCAUCCCACCAGUAGUGACAAGGCGGCAGUGCAGUGUUCAGACGACGACGACGACAACGUAGUGUUAGAGCAGAAAUAGUCCGAUCCGGUGUGGCACCGAGUGGUCUAAUCAAUUAGCAAACAACACACACAUGACAAUAAUCGGGAAGGGUAGUGCGGUAGUGUGGUGGAAAGGAAACGGAUGGUGCACAGUUCGUCAUUGUCGCCAUCGGGGGUUUAAUCGUGAAAGUGCAAGCACCAGUGAAGGAAGAACAUAAAAAAACAUCACCGCUUGGUUGUUGUAGUUGAUGAUACCGCGGGGGUACCGAAUUCAGAUCGAAGACGGUGCAUCAAUUGAUGUGAGAGUGAAGAUUGUGAAGAAAGCCUAUUUCAAAAGUGUGUAAAAUUGUGUCUGUGUCCUCUUGCUUCCCCGCUGCAGCAGUACUACUGCCGACAGUAGUAUGCCUAUAAUGAGGCCGGGAAGCCUGAAGGAUCCCGAGAUUGCCGAGCUGUUCAAUAAACAUGACCCGGAGAAGAUAUUCGAAGAUCUGCGCGAAAUUGGCCAUGGAUCGUUCGGUGCGGUCUACUACGCAAAAUGCAAUCUCACGCGCGAGAUUGUCGCGAUCAAGAAGAUGUCCUACAUGGGCAAACAGAGCAUGGAAAAGUGGCAGGAUAUCCUGAAGGAGAUCCGCUUCCUGCGGCAGCUGAACCAUCCCAACACGAUCGAGUACAAGGGAUGCUACCUGCACGAGAACACGGCGUGGCUCGUGAUGGAGUACUGCGUCGGAUCGGCUUCCGAUAUCAUCGAGGUGCAUAAAAGGCCCCUGAAGGAGGAAGAAAUAUCGGCCAUUUGUGAUGGAGUGCUACGAGGAUUAAGCUAUCUGCACAGUCUUGGAAGGAUUCAUCG